AUGGAAGCGGAGAUUGUAGAGACUCUUUGCUUGUUCGAAAGAUUUUUCCCUCCAAGUUUCUUUGAUAUCAUGGUCCAUUUGACUGUGCAUCUAGGAAGGGAAGCCCGUCUUGGUGGACCAGUCCAUUUCAGAUGGAUGUACCCAUUCGAGAGGUAUAUGAAAGUACUUAAAGACUUCGUCAGGAAUACUGCCAGACCAGAAGGGUGCAUCGCUGAGUCUUAUCUAGCUGAGGAAUGUAUGAGAUUUUGCAGUGAAUUUUUGAAGAAGACAACAAAUGUAGAAGACAAAGUUGAUAGAAACAUGGAGUAUGAGAACAGCACUAUCUUAGAGGGGCGUCCAAUAUCCACUGGAACCUCAAUUACCCUCAGUGAAAUGGAGAAGAAAAUAGCACAUCUUGCUAUUAUCCAGAACCUGUCUAUCGUCGAACCUUAUGUAGAUGAGCAUCUCCAGUUCUUACAAGACACUGAUGACAAGUGUCGGCGAGAUGCAUCUUUCUUAUGGAGUAUGCAUACUAAGAAUUUUGCAAAUUGGCUAAAAAAACAGGUACCUCUUGAUUCCAAAGAACAUGAAGAAACUCUCAAGUGGUUAGCUUAUGGUCCACGUUGUUCUGCAAGGUCAUAUACUGGCUUUAUAGUUAAUGGGCAGAGGUUUCGCACAUCGUCAGUUGAUAGGAAAAGUCAGAAUUCAGGAGUUUACUAUGAGGCUACCGCAGUUUGUAGAUCGAGUGCUAAAGAUACGUCACAAGUGGUUGAUGUGGUAUCUUACUAUGGCAGAGUAACAGACAUUAUUCUCAUGGAUUAUAAUGUCUUCUAUGUUCCUCUGUUUCGAUGUCAGUGGGCAGUAAAGGGUAAUGGAGUGAAGAUUGAAGAUGGUUUUACACUUGUAAACAUGCAGCACAGUCAAGCCUCCUUUUCUAGUGACCCAUACAUACUAGCAUCGCAAGCAAAGCAAGUCUUCUACUCUAGGGAAAAUGAGACCUCCAACUGGUAUAUUGUCAUGAGAGGUCCUUCAAGAAGAUACAGUAAGGAAGAUGUCCACGAGGGAACUGGAGAGAUUGGGCCGUUGCCUACAAAUUUAGACAUGGAAGUUGACACUGAUGACGCCGACAAUGCCAGAACUGAUUGUGAAGGAAUUUAUGUGUGAAGCAUAUCCUUUUUUAGUUCUCGUGUCCUUUGAGUGUGAUUGGUCUUUGAUUGUUUGAGUUAUUGUGUGCUUGAUGUGUGUUUACUAUUUAGUUCUUGUGGUCUUAGUAUGGCUUUUUGAGUUUUUUUGUGUGCGUGAUGUUUGUUUAGUAUUUGGAUUGUAGUUAACUCUUCCUUUCAUGAUCUUUUUCAG